GAGCAGAUUAUGUUGAAGUUGGUUGAACUCUAGCGUACGCGCUAAGGAAAAAGGCUAUGGCCACGCAUUAAUUCGAAACGAUCACGAAAUUGUUUAAAUAUAUCCUUUGAAACGUCAUAACAUAUGUUUAAUAAGUUAAUUGAAUGCUUUAUAUAUAGUUUACGUGUAAAAGUGCUUCAACAGUAAAACAAAAUGACUUCAAACGAGGGACGAACUCAGUCAAACUUGCAUCAGCAAGAUUUAUCUAAAUUAGACGUCACAAAAUUGUCAGCUCUAUCUCCUGAAGUUAUAUCCAGGCAAGCAACUAUUAACAUUGGAACAAUUGGCCAUGUAGCUCAUGGAAAAUCUACUGUGGUGAAGGCCAUUUCUGGAGUGCAAACUGUAAGAUUUAAGAAUGAGUUGGAGCGGAAUAUUACAAUUAAAUUAGAGCGCCUGACCGACUCAGUUGUAAGAAUGUACAGCGAAAGAGCUGAUGAGAGAGAUGAGAAUAUGUUUUUUGAAAAAAUAUUAAGAAAGGGUAAAAAAAGACCUUUAGACUUUGAAACAGAAUCUGAAGUACCCAUUUCCAAAAAACAAAAGAAACUCAUACCAGAAUCUGAAGAAUAUAUCAUAGAAAAAAUAAUUAAUUUUAAGUUUGAAUUGGGCAAAGAAAGGUUUUACAUUAAAUGGAAAGGAUGGGAUGACAGUGAAAAUACUUGGGAACCAAUUGAAAAUUUGGACAAUUGUCCUGAUAUAUUAAAAGAAUUUUUAGUUAAUGAAGAAUUAAAACAUUGUGAAAAAAUUGAAAAACUUAAAAAAGAAAUAUCAUUUGACAAUUUACUUAGUUAUGAAAAUCUUGUAAAAAGGCUUGAUGAAUUUGAAGAAUGUGACCUUCCUAAAUUGAAAGAGAACCUUAUAUUAAAACUGUUAUCUAUGAUUUACCUCGAUGAGUGUAAUGAAACAUAUGCUUGUGAUCUUGUUCAGGAAGCAAGAAAUGUUUUACAGUUGUAUACGAUGUGCAGAAAACGCUGUCGUCAGCUCAUGGCUCUUAAAAAUUGGGAAGAAUAUUUAAAUCAAGUUGACAAAUGUAAAAAGUUGACAGUAGAGAAUUCUGUAGACUUAACUGGUCCACCAGAAAAUUUUACCUACAUAAAUGAAUCAAUACCGGGUGCUGGGGUCGUGAUUCCCAAUGAUCCACCUAUUGGUUGUGAGUGUGAAGCUUGUAACUGUAGGUCCAAAUCCUGUUGUGGAAUGCAAGCUGGUUUAUUUGCCUACACAGUCAAAAGAAGACUACGAGUAGCAUCAGGAACUCCCGUUUAUGAAUGUAAUAAAGCAUGUAAAUGUUCAUCAGACUGUAAUAAUCGUGUAGUUCAACGAGGCCGAAAUUUGAAACUAACUAUAUUUAGAACAGCCAAUGGUUGUGGAUGGGGAGUCAAAUCUGACCAGAAAAUAAAACAAGGUCAAUUUAUUUGUCAAUAUGUUGGUGAAGUUAUCACUUUUGAAGAAGCUGAGAAAAGAGGAAGAGAAUAUGAUGCUAAUGGACUAACUUAUCUGUUUGAUUUAGAUUUUAAUUCAGUUGAAAACCCAUAUGUAGUGGAUGCAUGUAAUUUAGGUAAUGUAUCACAUUUCAUAAAUCACUCCUGUGACCCCAAUAUUGGAGUUUGGGCUGUUUGGGCAGACUGCUUGGAUCCGAACUUGCCUAUGUUAGCAUUAUUUGCUACAAGGGACAUUGAAGAGGGAGAGGAAAUAUGUUUUGAUUACUUGCAAAAGUCCUCUGAUAGUGAUGAAGACAUUGAAACUCCUAGUACUCGUAUGCAAGAUACGGAGGAUGAUGCCUGUAUUCCUAAUGCUUCUGAAGCAACUACUACAAUUUCUCCAGUAUCACCCAUUAAGACUAGAUUUGAAAUGCAACAGCAGAAUAGAGCGUUACUCAGAAAUCGUACAGAAUGCAAAUGUGGAGCAUUAAAGUGUAGAAAAUAUUUGUUUUAGUUUAACUUUAUGUAGUUAUAAUAACCAGAACAAAUAAUAGGUUAGCUAUGUGUUGUUACAAUUUUUUUUGUAAUGAAACUAAAUGCAAUAAAGGAGUAAUAUAAUAAAGUUAAAUUUAAAUAAAGUAAUGCAAUGUUCUGUUUUAAAUAGUAUGGAAAAAUCUCAGUUAAAUGUAAUAAAUCUGAUGUAGAAACUAAAAAUAUUGCAGUUUUCAGUUAAAAUAAAGAUGUCACUAGACAUAGAUACAAACUUAAGAAUUAUUAAACGUUACUUUUAGUUUUUUUCUAUAAAAAUUACCUGAAAGUUGUUAUAGAUUCACAUACUAUUUUUCAAGAUGAACACAUUUUUAAAACAUAAGUUUGUUAAGUUUUAUGUUAAAAAACGUGUAAGUGGUAUUGUUUACCAAUAUUAAGGUUUCUUGUAAAAUUUAUUACACAUUAUGAUUGUAAUCACAA